UAAGAUAUUCAAUUACUGUCGUCUGAAAAUGCAGAAAUGCAAGACGUUUUCGAAAGUAAUAUUUUACAUUCAAACUAUUGUACAUUUAUGUGAAGGAUCACAUAAGAAGAAUUUACCUCCAUUGAUAACAUCCGUGUUUGAAGCCGAGUAUUUUGUACCAGUAUCCCAUUCGUACCCGUUCUCUCUCCACUGUAAAGCAGAAAAUGGGAUAAUAAGCUACAAAUGGUUUAAGAAUAACAGCAAAAUCCAGACAACAGAUCAAGUGGUCGUCAACGAGAGUAGUGGUGAUAUUACCUUUAGAAAAAUCACAAAAGACUGUUUUGGAACAUAUCACUGUUUAGCUGAAAAUCAGCAUGGCGCUUCUGUAUCAUUGUUUGUAAAUAUAAAAGAAGCUGCUCUCGGUGUAUUUUUGGGAAGAACAAAUGAAAUGAUUAAAUGCAAGAUUCCGUGUUCUAACCGGCCAAACUGUGAACCAAGCAAGGAGUGUAAAAUUGAGUGGAAAAUAGGAAUGGGAACGGAUAACCCCGUGAGAACAAGUAAAAAGAUAGCGAUAGAUGGUCGAGGAGAUCUGCAUUUUCUAAAUAUCGAAAGAUCUGACGAAGGACCGAAUUAUAGCUGUGGAAUAUGGAAUGAAAAAAUACAAAGAUUAUCAAAGGGCACCACCUAUACAGUUGAAAUAAUAGGGUCCAAUGCGACAAAUGAACUAAAAGGUAUUUGGAGGAAUACUCCUAAAGCUGUGCUCGGGGAAAGUGCAACAUUGCAGUGUAUUUUUUCUGGAAGUUCUGUUCCGAACAUACAAUGGCUGAAUACAAAUGGAUCAUUGAUCGAACCAAAUUCUAAGUACAAAAUUGAACAAUAUGGAAGAGAACUACUUAUCCGCAAUGUAACAUUUGAUGAUGAAGGCGAAUACGCAUGUGUUGCGAACAGCACCUUACCCAUGAAUCCUUAUCUAAACGUAACAACUCCACCGAUAUUUGCUGAUACUGGUAGUCGAUUUAUGAUGAAGGUAAUACAGCUUACACACGGAGAAGAAACAGAAAUCCAAUGCCACACGAUUUCUGCACCGAAUGAAUCCGAACCAGUUGUCAUUCAAUGGAUGAAGAACGGAAGAAACAUAAAUAAAGAUUCUUCACACAGGUUUUCAGAUGGAAACAAGAAACUGUACGUUUCAAUCACAGAAGACGGCGGUUGCUACACAUGUGUAACAGAGAAUAGCGAGGGAACGGCAGUUGCAAAUUUUAUCUUUCCUCCUAAACAUUCUGAUCAGAGUCUAAGGUACGCAGUCAUAACAGUUUGCUCAACAAUCAUGGCCAUUGUAUUUACAAUGGGAGUUAUCGUCCUUAUUAAAAGAGUGAGAAGGGAAAGAGAUAUCAUAUAUACAAGUAACAAUGAGCAGGUUAAUGAAGAAGAUAAUGAGAGAUACACAUAUAUAGAGGAUCCUGUGUAUAGUAAUUCACAUAAUGAACUGUCUGAAAAUGAGUACAGCUCACACUGUUAUGAAGAGGUGUCCUGUGAUACUCCAAAAAGGAUGAAAGUUGAUGAUAAUCCUUACACACUGGUUGAUUAGAUUAAGUACCAGGUACAGAUACCUUAAGUUCAGGUGGAAACUGUUCGAAUUGAUAUAGUUACGUACUGUAUUGUUAACAAAAAAAUUAAAAUUGAUUAUUUUCUUUCAUUGGUUGAUUCGAUGAUAAGUGACUGCAUGGUUGAAAAUCAGAUAUAAACUGAUUUAUUGAACAUCAUCAUUAAAUAUUUAUAAUACAAACUCUAAAGGGAAUUUGAACAUGACUGUGGUAUUUUUGGAUGGCUGAUAAACAGUUUAUAAAUGUAAACACUUAUCACGGAUUUUGUUUUUUAAUUUUUUUGUGACAAUUAAGAGUGUUAAUUAGUGUUUAUCAUUUGCUGAAUUGUUAAAACUCUUCUGUUUAUGUAUAUAUUACAGUUUCCGAAAAAACCUCUUUUGGAUGCACAUAACUUUUUUCUAAGAAUAAGGAAAAAGAAUACUUGGAUUUACAAAGAAUAGAUCUCUCUCUCUCUUUCUCUCUCUCUCUCUCUCAUUAAAUGAUAUAUCUGUUAACUAUUUAAGAUUAAAUGUUGAUGUGUAAACAGAAAUAUUUACAUUUAGUUUAUAUUCCCCUUAUGUUUGCAUUGGUAAUGCGACGUUCAUUUUCCUAUGAAAACAUUUCUAUUUAUGGGCACAAUCAUAAACGCCAUCACGCGUUUUGAAGUUAUUUAUCAUUGUAAGAUUAAAUGAAAAAUUCAAAUAUACUUAACCAGUUUAAUACGAACUCAUCGUUAAAUCAUAAUCUCAAAUAAAUUAUUUUUUUCUCUACGACGUUUCUGGCAUUAUAUUUUUAGUCGCGGAAGCAAACUGAAUAACAUGUUAGAUCGAAUGGUUGUUCCAUGCAUGUUUCAUUUCCCUGACUAAGAGCGCAUAUAAUAGCAUAAAAGUGACGUUACACAAAUACUUCAUACAACUAAACAACAAUAUGAAUGUAAGCAUUAAAUGCUUACUUUUUAUGUUGUUAGUCCUAUAACACACCAAGGCUGUGCAGACAAAUUAUCAUACUGCGCUAAUGCUUAAAUGAAAACACGAGGCACAACGGCCACAUCGCUCAUCUGAAAGACAAUAACCUUACUUCUUUAAACAAAAGAAAUCAAAUUAUAAUUAAGACGGCAACAUUGAAAUCACCCAACGCAGGUUUUAUUCUCUACAGCUUUACUAAGUCUAAAAUUAUCAUUGUGUUGAAAUGUCAAAUUUUAAAUGAAAAACAAUUUGCAAGAAAAAGGGUAAUUUUGAUACAUAAUUAUUGUACAAAAUAUUCGAAGAAAACAACAGAUAAGGACCAAAU